AUGGAAGAACAAGUAAACGCCGGUCAAAGUCAAAUCCCAGCUUCUGUACUUUAUCAAUCUCAGGUUAACCAAAUGGGGGCAAAUGGUGGAAUUGGUAUGGUUCAACAGAUUCCUGGGCAAUAUUACCAACCACAACAUGCUCCAGUAUUCAGCCAAUAUGCAGGAGUAAUGAGACCUGAAGGAUUCCCAGUUUAUACUACUCAAUGGCCAAGUGCAUUCAAUGGAGGAGAUCCAACUCAGGUUCAAGCACCGAUUAAUACUCAAUAUUUGCCUAACGAAAACCCCGUAUAUUAUACAUCAGCUCAAUGGGACACUCAAUCUUACCUACCAAUGAGCUAUUAUGCAGGGGCUUAUGAUCCAAAUGGAAUGCCUUAUCCUUUCCCACAAUCUGGUUCUUUCCAAUAUGUACAGGAUGGGCCAGUUAUUCCAAGAAAGAGAGGGGCAAAGAGACGUUUAUUCAAGUUUUGCUGUUAA